CUUGAAGAAAAAAGUGCUCCGCAAAUUUUGCAUUGCAAUUUUUCGCAUUGAAAAUAAAUUCCUUUUUCUUCCACGCCAAGCAGCGAAGAUGCCGGCAACAGCGGGGCGCGUGCGCAUGCCGCACAACAACCGCAUGCACAGCAGUGCGACCCUCAAGAUGACGGGUAUCUGGAAGAACACCAUCGGCUACGACCCGUACGCGGCCGAGGGCGAGAAGCAGGGGGAGACGAGCGAGACCUCGUACGAGCAGGCCAAAGGUCUCAUGGCGCUUGCCAAGCUCUCCAACAAGUCGGUGGGUAGGCAAUAGUCUAUGAGAUUAGGGUCAGGGGUGGUAUCCAAUCUGUGUUAUGCUAACUUUUUGCUGUUAGAACGAUGUUCGUGGCGCCUGCAAGAAGUGCGGUAUGGUGGGCCACUUGACUUUCCAGUGUCGAAAUCAUUUGGGAGGGGAGGAGAAGCGCGUGAUGUCGUCGGACUUGGACUCGUCUUCGUCCUCGGAUUCUUCAAGUGACGAGGAUGAAGAUGAAAGUGAAGAUGAAAAGGACGGCAAACCGUCUUCACGCCGUCCGUCAUCGCGCGGACGAAGCAGAAGCCGCAGUCGCAGUCGCAGUUUGAGUGAAGCGAGAGAGCGACGUAAAAUCCGCUCAAGAAGCCGAAGUCGCAGUGCCGGACGCCGCCGUCGAGGGAGAUCGCCUUCUAGAAGCCGCAGCUCGAGUCGUGAACGUAAUCGUAGCCGUGGGGAUCGUAAGAAACGUCGACGCAGUCGCAGUUCGAGCUCUGGCUCUGAGCAUGAGAGCACUAAGCGACGACGACGUUCGGACAGCGAGAAACGCUCAUCAAAGAGAGACAAAAAACGGAAGAGCUCGUCGAAGAAGAAGCACAAGGACAGGAAGGAGAAAGAGCGCAAACAUCGUCAUCGCCACGACUCGAAGAGAAAAUCGCACUCGAAGAAGAAGCGCCACUGAACAAGGUGACAACAUGGCACCUUAUUUGAGUAGAAGAUGUCACUAGCAUCGAAUCUAACCUAGCUAGCUUUAUACACUUUUGCCGCUUUAUACAUUCACUCCUUCAGAUUAUUUUUAAGGUAAAAUGCCAUUGGAAAUCUUCUGGAACCAGUCAUAUUGCCUGGUGCCACGGUGU